CGCCUUGUAUAAAGGGAGGCGACCUUGAAUCCUCCGCUUCCAAGAUUUCUCUCUUCGGUGCCCACAUUCUCUCGAGAAUACGGUAUCUCUUUCCACUCGUUUUGCAGUGUUCUCCGUCCAUUGAAGAGAGGAAAAGUUCGAGAUGGCCCGUACAAAGCAGACUGCUCGCAAGUCCACCGGCGGUAAGGCUCCUAGGAAACAGCUUGCUACCAAGGCUGCUCGCAAAUCAGCUCCGACUACCGGAGGGGUGAAGAAGCCCCACAGAUACCGCCCCGGAACUGUUGCUCUACGAGAAAUCCGCAAGUACCAGAAGAGUACAGAGCUCUUGAUCAGGAAGCUCCCAUUCCAAAGGCUAGUCCGCGAGAUUGCACAGGAUUUCAAGACUGACCUGCGUUUCCAGAGCCACGCGGUGCUGGCAUUGCAGGAGGCGGCCGAGGCGUACCUCGUUGGACUGUUUGAAGACACUAACCUCUGUGCCAUCCAUGCCAAGCGUGUCACAAUCAUGCCCAAGGACAUUCAGCUUGCCAGGAGAAUCCGGGGUGAGAGGGCUUAGGAGGUUCUUCUGCUUCAGGAUAUGUUUGUUACCAUAAGGACUUGCAUCGUUUUGCCACUUUUGGGUUAUUUUGCGUGUCAAUGACUGUUGAACCCAUUUUCUAUUCUCCUUCAAAAUGAAUACUUUUGACAAAAGUAUCGUUAUAACCUAAUGCUUUUGGAUCA